AUGACUGAGGUCGGGCCUGCCGACCGCUCCAGGCUUUUGCGAUCUAAACGCGAUGAAUUUAAUUCAAUUGUAACGUCGAGAAAGCGGAAGCUUCGCCAGCUCUUUGCUGUCGCGACCGAUGGCGAUGCACUCCCGACAAACGCUUUUGCAAAGCCCGACGCGCCGCCCUUCACAACAGCCGAAAAUCAGUUCUUGCAGAGCAGCGAUAUUUCCCAAGGACGGAAGCUGAAUGAGCUGGCUAUUCCCCAACGACCUCAACUACGCUACGAUGUCUUGAAAAACUCCCUCGACACAUCUGGCCUCUUCGCACCAGAUGCCGAGCCUACUCCUCCACCGAAGCAAGCUGCUGUCGCCGAACCGCAAGCGAAACCCAUCCCCGCGCCGUCGCAACAGCAGCCUCCGACUGCGCCCACCGAAUCGAAUGGCGUUCCCCCGUCCAUUCGACCACUGACCGGCCUUGCUGCUCUGCCACCAAAGCCUCCAACUCCCGUCUCAGCGAUCCCAACCCCAAAUCGACACGAAGCUGUAAAGCCGCCUGCUGCCGCCGCUCCGACACCUCCGCCAGCCCCGCCGGCUGUUGUAUCCAAGGACCCUUCCCAUGCGUCGCGUCAGGAUGCUAGUGAUCCGGUGGAUGGCGACAACUCGGAGAAGGCCGCCCCGUCGCCUGCACGGGACGAGCCGAAAUCCACGUCGAAGGAGGUCGAGUCUGCGUCGCCUGUUGAUGCGCCCAAAACGUCUACCGGUUUACCAGUUCCUCAGCCUCCAGCACCACAACCGCCCGCCCAGCAGGAACCCAAGAAGACGGAGGAUACGGUUCCCCCGGCUGUUAGGCUGCCGCCGGACACCGCGCGGGCUGCGGAUGCUCUCUCGUCACCGGGUUCGACAACCCAGACAGCAGCCACCCCAGCAGUUCAUGAUGCUUCGACGGAUACCAGCCCUGACAACGAAGGUCCCCAUUAUGUCGAGCGUACGGAGCCCAUGGACGAGGCAGAGACGGAGGACAAGGUUGAAGAGGAACCGAAGACGGCAGAGACGUCCCCUCUGGCAGAUGCGGAUCGGAUUCCUGAUGGGCCGGAGGCCCAGCUUUUGCAGGAAUCCCUGGCAAUGGACACCACUCCUUCGGCACCAGUAGUUCAAACUCCGAAAAAGGCACCUACGCCCCCACCUGCGUCCACCCCUGUGGUACCAGAAACUGAGGUGAAAGCUCAUGAACCAGUGGCUGAUAAGCCGUCAGCACCUGAGACCGUUGAGGAUGCUCCCGCCACAACGGUCGAGGGACCGGCAGCCAAAGAGGUUCCGGAUAGUCAAGAACAAGCUUCGAGUGACGACCAGAUGGAUGUGGAUGAGCCAGCUUCUAACCCUGAGGAUAAGGUUUCUGUGUCAGAUGGACAAGAAGGUCGCCCCGAGCCCACACCGGCAAAAUCUGCAACCCCGCAACCACAAAACCUCGCCAAUGUCUCGCAAGAUCCUGAACGUGCUGUCACACGAACGGCGUCCGGCGCUAUGCGGCAGAAGUCGGUAUCAGAGAUCUUGGGAGAAUCGCGGCCGGAACCUGUGGACACUGCCGGCACCGAUAAUGUACCACCCAGCCAGCUUACUCCGGUUACGCUUGCUCCGCAAUCACCAACUAUCAGAUCAAAGACAUUCGCCAGCAAGAAGAAGGACAAGGCCAGGAACACGCCCUCAGCGGUCGUCUUCGGAAAGUCAACAAAACGCUCAGCCGACAAGUCUGUGGUGCCCGCACAGCAAAAGCAGAGUUUUCUGCCAACGGACGAUUACUUUACGCCACUCUUCGUGCAGGGCUUCACUCAAACUAGCAAGUGGAUGAAACCGAUCGAAGUUAUUCUUAAUCAGUCUCACAAGACGGUGUCGACUCCCGAUGCUUACGUGGCCAUUCAAGACAACCAGGCAUGCCGUGUGCUGCGGCGGGUCUAUCAUCUUCAACAGCACGACAAGUGGUCUCUGCGUCAACCAAAGCGGUGUGCUGAGCCGGUACGCCCCGAGUCUCAUUGGGACGUCUUGCUUCAAGAGAUGAAGUGGAUGAGGACAGAUUUCCGAGAGGAGCGCAAGUGGAAGAUGGCGGUCGCGCGCAACCUGGCGCAGGCGUGCGCUGAGUGGGUUACAUCCAGUGCAGAAGAACGCAAGGAGCUCCAGAUUCCUGCCUUCAUUCCCCCCAAGCCACAAUCGGCUGAGGCGGAGACGGACAUGUCGAUGGCAGACACCUCCAUGGACGCGGUCGACGCUCAGCCCACCCCCGAGCUGAUACCGUCCGGCGACUCGGAUUCUCCUGAGCACGUGGAUGAGUUGCGCGAGGAGGUCCUGGAGACUGUUGCACCGUCGGCGAUUUUCGCACUCGAAGAAGAUGAUGUCGUGUUUGAGCUGCGAAACUCGCCAACGGCAGAUCAACUGCUGCAGGAGCUGCCCAUGUACGGUGCACCGCUCAAGGUCCCUUCGUUCGAUUUCACCGGCCCCGAGUUCGACCCGGAUGCUCACUGGCGCCGGCCCGCACUUCCUCUGAGCAAGUAUGUUGAGGGUGAAAUGAAGCUUUCGACGGACGGACCUCCGAGAAAGCGUAGCCGCUUCCAGUACGAAGAAGAGGAGGAUGACGACGACGAGAAGGUCGUGUUUGGAUCUCAGCCUGCCAAGAGGAUGAAGCUGCCGCCGCAAAACACGGACGUGGCCCUUUUCAACCCCGAUAUGAAGCCGAUUAGAGACCGUCUUCACGCCGGCCACCAGUUCCGCCCUCCUGCGGAAUAUCAGAUGCCGAUGCAAAACUUCUACGAGAGCCGCAGCCCUUCGCAGUGGACUCUUUCCGAAGAUGACGAGUUACGUGGACUUGUUCGCGAGUAUUCGUACAACUGGUCGCUAAUCUCCAGCUUGCUCACGACGAGAUCUGUGUUCGCCUCUGGUGCCGAGCGUCGAACGCCGUGGGAGUGCUUCGAGCGCUGGAUCAAUCUGGAGGGCCUACCAACGGACAUGCAAAAGACGCAGUACUUCAAAGCAUACCAGAACAGGAUCGACGCGGCAAAUCGGGUGAUCAUGCAACAAAACCAGCUUGCGGCGCAGCAGCAGCAGCAGCAGCAGCAACAGCAGCAACAACAACAGCCGCAAUCACAACAACAACCAGCUGGCGCAACCACACCGGCGACACCGAUUGCUAGGCGUAGACCGUCCACACCGCUUAGAGUGGAGCGAAGACGCAACCAGAAGCACUUGACGCUCAUUGACGCAAUGAGAAAGUUGGCCAAGAAGCGGGAGACGGCGGCUCAGAAGCAGCAGCAUGCUUCUCAGAUGGCAGCCAUGCGCAAAGCCAAUGAGUCGGCCCAACCGCGAGGACCAGUCAAGACGCCGAGGGACUACAGCUUGAUGAGGUGGGAGCGUGACCAACAACUCGCUGAGAAGGUGGCCCAGUUCCACCAGCGACAAGAAACUCAGCGAAGGGUACGUCCUGUGCGAAAUCCCGAGGGUAUCGUACCUACUAACACAGAUUCUCCCCAGAUGGCCUUACAAGCACAACGUGCCCAGCAAGGCCAAGCUGCUGCCCAGAUGGCGACCACUCCCGGCGCUGCCCAGAUGCAGGCGAACGGUGCGGCGGCCGCAGCUGUGGCCGCCGCUGCCCAGGUCAAUGGUAACUUGGCUCGCCCUAACAUGCCGAACCAGCUUGCCGUCCCAGGUCAGGGCCGUGGCCGCAUGCCGAUGCAGGCUCCGACAGCCAACAUGGGCGGCGCAACUGCUCAGAUGGGCGGUCUUGUGCCGCCGAUGCAGAUGAACGGAGUGCCACAGGCGCAGAUCCAAGCUGCGAUGCAGGCCCAGCAACAGCACAGGAUGCCAAUGCCAAAUCCCCAGCCGGAAGUUAAUGUCAACCUGCUGCUUCAAGCCCGUCGCAUCUCGGACCAGCAGCGUCAAGCCGUCGCCCACAUGCAGCAGGCGCAGCAGCAACAAGUCCAACAGCCUCAUCAACAACAACAGCAGCAGGCGCAACAGCAGCAAGGUCAGCAAGCGCAACAGGGUCAACAGCAGAUGCACCAGGGCACGCCGGCUUCGCAGUCCCACUCACCGCCGAACAUGCGCCCUGCUACCGUCAAUGGCGUCAAUGGCGUUAAUGGUGCCAAUGGCGUCAACGGUGUCCCUCAGCAGCAUCUCCUUGCGAACGCUCAAGCAAUGAUGGCCUCCUUCAACGCCGCUAAUGGCGGCGGAAUGUCCACGCCUCCCGCAGGUGGUCUCCACAUGCCCAAUGGUACUUCUGGCUCGCCUCGCCCGCAGAUGCCGCCCAAUAUCCAAUUGCAGCUCAACGCGAUCCAGGCCCAGUUUCAGGCAAAGAAUCCCAACUUGACGGAACAGCAGGCUCGCCAAGCAGCUACGGAUCACCUCACGCGGUUGAUGAUUGCCCAGCGAACGACAAUGUCGCAGAGCGCUAUGAACGCUGCCGCUGGUGGUGGAGGCGCUUCUUCCCCUGGUAUGGCUAACGGCAUAGCAGCCUCAACAAGCCCGCACCAGUAUGCUGCACUUCUCAGACAGCAGCAACAGCAACAACAAGCGGCGCAGGCUGCUGCAAAUGCCGGCCAGCCCAAUGUUCAGCAGAACGGUCAGCAUCAGCAGGCACACCAGCACCAUGGCCAGCAACAACAGGCGCAACACCACCCUCAACAGCAACAACAUGCUCAGCAACAAGCACACCUCCAACAGCAGCAACACGCCCAGCAUCACCAGCAGCAUGCUCAGCAACAACAUCAUGCUCAACAGCAACAUCAGGCUCAUUCCCGCGCUACAUCUCAGUCUCAUUCCACACCUCAACCUCAGCCUACACCACGACCUCAAUCCACACCACAAUCUCAACCUACGCCCACACCUCGACCUCAGUCAACUCCUCGGCCGCAGUCUACUCCUCAACCCCCUAACCAGCCUCAGCCACAACAACAGCAGACGCCGCAUCAACAACACACGGCUCAGCAGCUGCAACAAGCUCAGCAGGCACAACGUGCGCAGCAAGCUCAGCAACUCCAACAGCGUGCCCAGGCCCAGGCACAACAGGCACAACAAGCUCAGCAGGCGCAGCAGAACCAGCCAAGCAAGCAACCGUCGCAGCCUCCGCCAACUCCGCAGACCUCGCAAGCUCAGCAGGCGAAGCCGCCGCAACCGCCUCAGGCGUCUCAGCAGGCCCAGCAGGCUCAGCCGCCGCCGCAACAGACGCAGCAACCGGUUCAGCAGCAAGCCCAGCAGCCAGCUCAACAACAAGUUCAAAAGUCUGCUCAGCCGCCAGCUCAGUCACCUGCUCAGCAGCAGGCAACGAAGCAGGCGACCCCGCAAGCAACACAGCAGGCCACUCCGCAGGCAACACAGCAGGCGACCCCUCAACCAACUCAGCCCGAGCGCCAAGCAAGCGGAAGUGCUACACCGUCUGCUGCGCCAUCAACAUAG